AUGUACCAACUGGAGGCACAGCACACUUUCCCCUGACAGGAAGUAAUCGUCACCACCAUCGAGACGAUCACACGCAGCACAUCAUCCCACAAGAGAAGUAGAAGCGCUGACACUGAAAGGAUCGUGUAUCCAAACGCCACGAUGACAAUGAGAGCGCUUCUAUUCUUCUGUCUGUUUGGAUAUACGUUUGGAGAAAUAACACCCAAUGUGAGCUGUGUGAUCAUCGAUGUGAGAUAUGUUUCUUGCACCUGGAAUCAACAAGGGACUCCAGAGGUCAACUACACCUUCAACAGCUGGUUCCACUAUGAAAACAAAAAGGCGUGCACCAACUAUCUAUCAGAGAAAAAUGUGAAGACUGGAUGUAUCCGACCGUACGCCGAAACACAGAGAUUCAGGACAUUUCACACCCAACUGGUGCAUGGAAGCAACAGCUUUACAAAGGACCAUAACCUCAAAAAUGAAGUCUUGUUAAAUCCACCUGCCAAUCUGACGGUCCUGUUUGGAGAGGACAAGAACCUGUGGUUUUACUGGAACUAUACUGUGGCAACCAACUGUGUGAGGAGUGAAGUUCGCCACAGGAUAAAUAAUAAAAACUGGCAGUCCGACGUUCUUGGAGAACAGGCGCAAAAGUACUGCAUCAACUUGCCCUCAAGCACUCACCAUUAUGAGCUGCAGGUGCGCAGUAAGAUGGCCGACGCUUGUGGAGCAUCGAGAAACUGGGGUAACUGGAGUGAGCCGGUGGAAUGGGGAUCCAACAACAGCACCGAUCCUCAUCCAAAGCUUGAGUCAGAGAAUGUCUGGACGCCAGUGUUUUAUGUGAUGUUCCCCCUCAUCUUCGUCAUACUGGUCUCACUGUUGCUCUACCAUGAAAGGCUCAGAAUCAUCCCUGUGGUUCCCAAGCCCACGCUGAUCAUCCAUGACAUCGAGGACUGGCUUCAAUCCUCCAAAAGCUUGAAAGAGAGUUUCAAAGCUAACUACAAUGAGCUUCCGUGCCCGGUCCGUGAGUACUGCCACGUGUCCCAGUCUGACAGCGAGAGCUCCAGCAGCUCCACCUCGUCCCUCACCACCGACCAAACCGACUGCUCCGUCUGCAUCCCUGUGAAUGAACCGUAGGGUCCGUCCACGCCUCCCUCCUCUUCUGCCCCCGCCGUGUCCUGUCAGGAGAAGGAGCCUCGGGAAUCUGUUUAAGCAGCCGUUCCCGUCACGCUUGGGUUUGUUGAGAUCUGAGAAUCCAGACUUUGUAAUGCUGAUAUUUCUGCUUUAGACGGCACAGAUGAGAAUUUAAUGAAUGUAAAUCGCCACGUUAAGGAGGUCAAGUUUUAGUUUAAAGCAACCUGUUUAGUUAAAGUAGUCAACUGAAGCUAAUUCAAGUUGAAAGAUUGUGACAUUUUAGAUUCAAACCUCCUGAAUGAUCACUGAAAAUGAUAAGGUUGUGAAAUCUCUCUGUCACUUCCCUUCAUGUCUCCAGCUAUCAUUUCAAAGAUAAAUAUGAAAAUAUUUCACAACCUUCAUUGUUUACAUCUAACUUCAGCAAAGCAACUUUAUUCAGAACAUUUAGAUUGAUAUAGGAGAGUAAAUCUGAGCCACUAAAGCAUUCACAAAUGCACAAAAUGGUGAGAUGGAGACUGAAACUGUCUACCAAAACAUGAUAAAGUAACCAAAUUCAGAAAGAGGCACAAAAUGACUCUGAUCACCAGAUCACCUUUCACUUGAAGGGAGGAGUUACAAAUCAAACACAAAUAGAUGCCAAAUGACCACAGAAUGAUCACAGAUACCAACCAAUUACCAAAAAAAUAAAAAACAGUAACUGUCCGAGAAGGAUUUGUUUUCUUUGACUCUCAGAUCUCCAGAGAACUCUGGACAGAGUUGAAACAUUUCCCCAGCACACCAAAACUGACCUUUUAGAUUGUUGAUAAACCACAUAUUUUUGUAAAGCUGUUUUUUUUGUUUGUUUGUUUGUUUAAAUUCAUGAGCAAAAAUAUCUUUUUAUUAUCUUUUGAACUUGAAACUGCUGCUUAACUGUAUAAAUGUUUUAAUAAACAAAAACAGGCUGAACCACAUAUCUACUGUUUUCUGAAAAUUUCCCGACAGUGAUGUACAUUUAUUUUACAUUUGUCAUUACAUUUAUCCUGCUUUAUUUUAGUCUUUAUCUCAUGUUUUGUGUAUGAUCAUGUAACUGUCUCGCCACACAUAAUGAAUUGUAGAUUAAGAUUGAAAAUGAGUCACGUGAUGUUUCAUUCAGCAUUGACAUUGUUACCUGGUUUUAAUUGCUUUUGCUUUGAAAUUGCUCGAUGGGACGCGGGUUCAAAUCCCGGUCGAGGGAUUGACAGUUUAAAUUGGUUAUUAUUAAGAAAUCAGAAUUGUUUAAAAGCAUUUGAAUACAUUAAAAUGGAACAUCUUGACAUGGAUUUUACAUUUAUGUAAAAUGUCACUGUACAAUGUACUAUGUCAUACGUUUAAAAAAAAUAAAAGUGUGUA